GGUGCUUAUGUUUAGACAUAACUUUUUUACAAGACACAAAUCAUAACUGUGGAAUUCUUGCGAGAAACAAGAUAAACUUUCGCUUGUCACCGAACAAGAAAAUCACUAGUUCCGUAAAUUCGUCACAUCACAUUCGUGUUAUAUCUAAAAUAUUUAGACGUUGAAAUUGUAACCUAUAACAGCAUAACAUGAUUUCAUUUCACGAACCAUUGCAAAGUUGGUACUUUCACGUUAAAAAAUCGGAGGCGCUUUGCGCAGGAAUGGAUAAUAAAUUUAUGAUAUUCUAAAAGGAUUGAAUUUAAAGUGAAGUGGAACGUAAUUAUGUCUAGAUAUAACAACAGUGUUAUAUGUGUAUAGGCAUACAAUUCUUCUGGUAGCUCCCUCCAGAGUAAUCGUCCAAACCUAUUUUCUUGAAGAAUUGUUAAAUCGACUUAUGCAUCUUGUGUUUGCUUACGUAAAUGCCAAAACAAACUGGUGACCUUCAAGUCAUUGAAUGACAUGAAGCUUUCUUUGGAUAUUUCGUACAGUGCUCGGUCUCUUCAUGCGGUGAUAUAACCUAUAAUAUACGAGAAACAAAUGUAUGGGCAUACGUAAAGGGACGGCAUUUAAGUUGUUAACGUUCGUGCCUUUGAUACAUUACGAUUGUUCCCGUCAUCUGCGCUUCUUCCUGUGCUCGGCGUUUGUACCAUUGUGUGCUGAACAUGUUAGUGGACCCAUUCCAGCAUGCAGAGGACUGUGUGAAGAAGUGCAAGCUGAUUGUCAGCCUGUCAUGGAAACCUUUAAUUUCCCAUGGCCUUCAGUGCUCAACUGUUCCCGGUUUCCUGUGAGAGAACAAAAUGGACUCUGCAUGCAGUAUCCAAAUACCAGUGAGGAGACAAUCCAUCCAAAUAACGAGAUUGGUGGAGUCACAUGGGCAGUAAAUCCUGCUCCAGUGCAUACACAGCAGUGUCCACCCAACUUUGCCCGUGCUCGUGAACCAAGGGCCAUAACCUGCAGUCCACGCUGCGGCCGAGAUGCAUAUUACAGAUCUGAGGAUAAGCAGUUUGCAGAGACUUGGAUGACUGGCUGGGCAUGGCUCUGCUUUCUUUCCACUCUCUUCACAUUGCUCACUUUCUGGGUCGAACCAGCAAGAUUCCGUUACCCUGAAAGGCCAGUUAUCUUUCUUGCCUUGUGUUACAACCUUCUGGCCCUAGCAUAUAUUGUACGUGGAGCAUUAGGACCUACUGCCUUCAGCUGUGUAUCUCCUUCUGAUGGCGGAGUGCCUUAUGUUGCUGUUGAUGGCCUGGAGAGUGGUCCAUGUACUCUCACCUUCCUAGCACUCUACUACUUUGGGUUGGCAUCCAGUGUCUGGUGGGUAGUGCUGGCAACAUCAUGGUUUCUAUCAGCGGCAAAGAGGUGGUCAUGUGAGGCCCUGCAAGGAUUAUCUACAUACUUCCAUAUAGCUGCAUGGGCUGGCCCAGCUGUGCUGGGUGUGUCUGCACUUGUCUUACAUCAUGUGGCAGGAGAUGAACUAACAGGAUUGUGCCAGGUGUCUGAAGGUGCAUCUCUACCAUUUCUGGUUAUACCACAUGCAAUGCUACUUCUGGCAGGGUGUACUCUGGCAGCACUAGGUGGAGCAGCUUUGAUUCAAGUGCGUCAAGCCAUGAAGAGUGCAGGUCAAAGUACUUCCAAACUUGAGAGGCUCAUGACUCGCUUAGGAGUGUUUGCAGCUCUAUAUGUGCUCCCUGUGUUAGGUUCCCUAGCCUGUGUGCUGUAUGAAGCUUGGCACAGACCACGCUGGCGCAGCUUGGCACUGCUUGCAGCUCUUGACUGUCGUAUUGAACCAAGCUGCACACCUGGACCAUCAUACCAGGCAGCUGCUGUAGAGGUGGCACUACUUCGGCUCUUUUUAUCUCUUGUUGUUGGUGUGACUUCUGGAAUGUGGGUAUGGUCAGGCAAGACUUGCCGUGCCUGGAGCAAACUCUUCACAGCACCUCGCAAACCUCGGUUACAUACAUUGAACAUAUCCAGGAACACUUUUGGUACUGGUUCUCUUCAUGUAUCACGAGUCUGAAGUGCGAAGUGCAGCUUCAUCAUAUCAAUGUAACAUAAUUUUAGAUGGACUUAAUGUUGGCAUUAGCAACUAUGCAUAAUGUGCUUGUAAUCUUGAAUUUGAGCUUUUUAUGUUUUAAUAAUUCAGAUUUCAACAUUAAACAAGGUCUACAGAAAUGGAAGUGUGACUUGAAUGGACUUAACUAGUCGUUUCGCUCUUUAGUUGGUUUGAAAAUUCAGUUACAGUGACAAAAUACUUUACAGCACUGUUGUGAACGUCUAAAAUGUCAUAGUUUUUAAAUACUUUAAUUCAGUCAGUCAUUUUAUUACAUAAAAUACUGACCGGAAUGAGACACUUUGUGUUUCUUUAUUACAUUCUCAAGUUCAGACAAGAUUGUGUGUAUUCAUCGUGAACAUUAAGAGAAUCUGAAAAAAAAAAAACUUUUAACUUUAUAAAUAUCAGGCUUAUAAAUAAAUUAAAUGUUAUGUUCAUAUGGAAUAAUUGUGUAAUAUUAAGGUUUGAUUAAUAAUCUAAGAGUGACAGUAAACCCCUGCUAAUCUGGAUUAACUGAGGGAGGCAUCCGGAUUAAGCAAUAAUCCAUAUUAGUGAGGCAAAAGGCAGCCCUAAAAGAAAAAAGAAGAAGAAAAAAAAAGACAACUUAGAGCACAAAUAAUUGGAAAAUUUAAUGUUAUAAAUAGUACUAAUGAAAAUAAAUAAAAAAUGUCACUGUAGAUCCUUUAUUUAAAACUUUAAUAAGAGAGUAGAUUUAUUCAUUGAUUGAAGACUCAGAAAUUAUAUUUGUUUUUGCACGUAAUAAUGCAGUUUGAAGAAAGCUGUCAAGUUUUGUCUGAACAGACAAGUG